GAUUUGGAAGCUGCUGCAUUAUGAACACAGUAAAAGGGUUUUUACUAGCUCGUUAAUCAUUGUAUUCAGUUUGAUUAAAGAAAACUUAAGGGAAUUUGUUGUGUUUUCUUAAUUCCUGGGCUUCUUUAUCUCCGAAAUGCUUUGUCAGAAAUGGGUUAGUGUAAACUUGUAGCAAACAUCUACCUUCUGUAGUAUUUGAAUUAAUCAAGGAAAGAUGGGUACUUCGUCUGGUUGUUGUGAAAUUGUUGAAUCAAUCGAAGAAUUAGAUGCUGAAUCAAAACUUGAUGAAAAUGCUAGAAAGCAUUGUCUGCUGAAUCCUGGACAAAAGUAUUCUAUAGAGGAGGAUAUUAAUCAGCUUUUUGAGGCAAUAGAUAUCAGGAUGUCUCGUAGGGGCCUGAGUCCACCAAUUGGUAAAAACACUUCUUACAAGAGUGCUAUGAAGAAACCAAUUCGAGUAGGUUCAUCUCAAGCAUCAGGAAUUGGAAUUUCAGAGUCUGUGAGUUUAAAGCAGGCUCUAAGAGGAUUAUGUAUCUCUCAGGCGUCAGAGAUGGCUGCCAUGAAGAGGUUGUCCAAACCACCAGGUUCAGCAAGGGUCUCAGAAGCUGGAACUAUCAAAAAGUUGUACAGAGCAGUGGUAGUUGAGGCCAAUGAGUCUGGUCAUCCCAUUAAUGAAGGUAAAGGGAAUUUGGUAGAAAUCUCCCUUGUUCCUGGAACAAGCACAUCAAAUUUCCAUGAAAAGCUGACUGAACAAGUGUCCAAGGUGGAACUAUCAAACCAAACUGCUCAGUAUUCUUCUCUUUCGGCGGAUGUGUCUACACAAAAAGAAAGCAUGAACAAACCACUGCCGCAGAGUGAAAUUGUUCCUUUGCCAACCGGUGCUGAGAAUGAAAUUUCUGAGGCAGAGUUGGUGCAGAAUAGAAAGCUGAGAUCCACGCAUUCUUCUUCUUGCACUCGUAGCGAGAAACUACCAAUGGUAGAUGAGAUUGUUCCCACCUCGGUUGAAGUUCUGAUCGAAUCAGUAAGGCCAGACAAGGAGGAGAAAGACAAGUUGCAGUCUGUAUCUCCUCCAUCUAGCGUUGACACUGGCAGUAAGGUUAUCAAGUCUGCAAGCCUACAUUUAAUCAAACCUGUUUUUGGGAAUAAGAAAUCUGUCAAGAAGAAAUUGAAACAGGAUCCAACUUCUGCUUCCAGCAGUUUUAAUCAAUCAAGUAAUGGAGUCAAUAAUGAUUUGGGUCCCAGUGCUAGUAAUAUGGGUUGCCAGACGACCAACUAUACUCCAAAGAAUGAUAGUAAAGAAAAGGUGAAAGCAUCUAGCAUUGAAGUCUGUUCGACUGCUGUGGGUUCUGGUGCUAGCAAGAUAGGUUGUAGUUCAGAUUGUAGAAACAUGAGUAAAAUUGUAGUAACAGAAGCUGAUGAAAGUUCAAGAUCAAGAGAAAAAGGGGAGUUCUCUCUCAGCUCAAAAAGUAGCAUUGGUGAAUGUAGCAGUAGUACAAGCAUUAGUGAGGAGAGCUCUCUAAGUGGGUCCAGCCGUAGUGGCUAUAGGCCUCACAUGUCAAAAGACUUGAGAUGGGAAGCCAUCCGUUGUGUUCAGAAGCAGCACGGAAGCUUAGGUUUGAGACAUUUUAAGCUCCUCAAGAAACUUGGUAGCGGGGACAUUGCAACUGUUUACCUUGCUGGGCUAAGUGGCACAAAUUGCCUAUUUGCUUUGAAAGUUAUGGACAAUGAGUUUUUGGCUACCAGGAAGAAAUUGGCAAGGGCUCAAACUGAAAAGGAGAUACUGCAGAUGUUGGAUCACCCAUUUCUCCCGACACUAUAUGCCCAUUUUACAACAAACAAAUUUUUGUGUCUGGCUAUGGAAUAUUGUCCAGGUGGAGAUCUGCAUGUGCUCCGGCAAAAGCAACCUGGCAAGAGUUUCUCUGAACAAGCAGCCAGAUUUUAUGUUGCUGAAGUCCUCCUUGCAUUGGAGUACCUACACAUGCUUGGAGUAGUAUACCGAGACUUAAAACCAGAGAACAUCCUGGUCCGAGAAGAUGGUCACAUCAUGCUAUCAGAUUUUGACUUGUCACUCAGAUGCGCUGUCAGUCCAAUAGUGCUCAAAUCAGCAUCACCUGUUGUUGAGCCAUCGAAACCAUCGAAAAAGACUUCAAGCCCAUGCACAGAAUCUAGCUGCAUAGACCCUUUCUGCCUCCAACCCUCUUGGCAUGUUCCAUGCUUCACCCCUAAGCUUCUAUCUGCCACGGCAAAAGCCCGAAAGUUAAAAUCUGAUCUAGCUGCCCAGGUCAGCCCACUGCCCCAGCUUGUAGCAGAGCCAACCAGUGCCCGGUCCAACUCGUUUGUUGGAACUCAUGAAUAUCUGGCUCCAGAGAUCAUAAAAGGAGAGGGCCAUGGGAGUGCUGUCGAUUGGUGGACAUUCGGAAUCUUUCUGUACGAGUUAAUUUACGGUAAGACACCCUUUAAGGGCCCUGGAAAUGAGGACACGUUAGCCAAUGUUGUUUCCCAUAGUCUCAAGUUCCCCGAAAGUCCUAUAGUUAGUUUUCAUGCCAGAGAUCUGAUCAGAGGGCUAUUAGCGAAGGAGCCUGAGAAUCGGUUAGGUUCUGUGAAAGGAGCAGCUGAGAUCAAACAGCACUCAUUCUUUGAGGGCCUCAACUGGGCUUUGAUACGAUGUGCAAUACCACCGGAGCUGCCUAAAUUCUGUGAUUUUGGGAAUGUCGUCACUUCAGACAUGUAUUUGCAGAAUAAGGAGAGCACCAAAUGUCAGAAGGAAAGUAAAAUUACGGAAGAGCAUUUAGAGUUUGAUAUGUUUUAGCGAGUAAUAUGAUGAUGAGCGAAAGGAAAGUGUUACAUAGUGGUUUUCCUUUAUAACAUGAGGUUUCUUAUCCUUGUUGUAAUUGAUAUAUAUAGCAUAUAGUAGUAUACAUGUAAUUUGGAGAAUUACUGGCAAGUUGUUGAGCUUGUUAUAUCAAAUACGAAAUACUUACCCUGUGA